GCGAUCACGCUGCGUUCUUGGCCCCGCCUCCUCGCACAGCCUCCGGGGAGAGACGUGCAGGAGGAGGAGGGGCCGGGUCCCAGGAAGAUAACCCACGUCACACAUUGGCUCCUCCUCCUGCAGCCCUCGUGCUCCCGACCAGUUCUUCUGUGAUCACCAGAUGUGACCGCUCAGUGAGAAAGAGAUGAACUCCUCCUGCCUUCCUCCCAUCACUGCGGAGUCGUCGGUCCCUUGCUUGCUGCUGGCCGGUCUUCAAUCUAGUAAGGCAGUCAUGGAGCCUUCACAACCUAUGGAUAUGUACGUAUGCAGACACCUGUGUGAGCAGCUGCUCAUCCUCUUCCAGGACCAUGAGUGUGACCAAUGUGAGGCCACAGACAACGUCGUCCAGUACAGCGCGCUACCCUUGUGUCACGGCGUGGAUGUCAUACUCAGCCACAUGAAGUACUGCCGAGCUGGGAUGUCCUGCAAUAUUCCCGGUUGUCCAUCUGCGAGAGUAAUCGUGUCGCAUUGGAAGAUCUGCAGAGAGAACGAGUGCCCUGUGGCUUUCUACCUAAGCGGAGAUUGCAAGAGUAAGGUCCAGUUGCAAUUACAAGCAGAGUUGAAAUCCUUCUCGUCUCUUAAAAACACCUGCCAUCACCUCUACGACCGGCUGAGCCUCCUGUUCCGCGAACACAAAUGUGAGAUGUGUGCAAAGACGCACGACAAGGAUCUCCGAAAUUUACCGCUGUGCCUCAGCGUGGACGCCACGCUCAGCCACAUGAAGUACUGCAGAGCCGGCAUGUCCUGCCAAGUUCCGGGAUGUGCGACCUCUCGAGGAAUCGUUACACAUGGGAAGGUUUGCAGGGAGAAGGAUUGCCGGGUGGUCUGGAGCCUAAGUAAAGAUCGCAAGCAAAAUCCUCAGAAAGCCACGAAGCCGGCCCUCAUGCACCUUCAUAAAACGACAGCUCAUAAAUCCCGCCAGAUGCUGUUUCGGAUGUCUCACGGCUGGAGCUGCAUGCGUCGUCAGGGGUCCAGCGGGAUGUUUUCUGACUGUGACCUUCCUCAUUGCCGGUCAAUGCAGACUUUGCUCAAACACACCGAGUCCUGCGCGGACAUAGCUCGUUGCAAGUAUCCCCUGUGUACCUUCUCCAGAAUUCUGUUCAUGCACUACAUGAUCUGCCACCGCCAUUACUGCAAUCUCUGCUGGCCAGUGAGGAGCGUGAUAAAGCGGCUCUGUGGGGCUAAAGACCCCUUCACUGGCCGUACAUCUGACAAGUUCUGGGAGGGAAGACCCUUUUUCACCCCGGCCGCCUUGAAUGAUACGAGAGAAUCAUGGCUACUGCAGAUCUACAGCUGGCUCCUGACCAAAGACCAGCCACGGAUCGGUCCACCUCUGUUCCAGAGAAGAAACCCGCAAAAGAGGAAACUCCUUUCCCGAAGGUGGAAGAAGAAACCCCGAAUCGCGUGCAACUGGAUGAGAAAGCGUUCAAAUAGAUGGAGACACCAUAAAGCCCCGCGUCUUCAGCUCCGGACUGGAGGGGUAGGCCCCUCCGCAGUCCCCUUCCCUCUGUAAGAAAUAAUAUUUCGCGCCUGGACGAGAUAAUACGUUGCUUAGGAUGGAGUUUCACAUUAUUAUUUUCUUUUGCAUUAUUUUCUUGCUCUUUCUUUGGAUUUUUACUUCCAAUCCUGUGAACUAAUAAAACCGUUAUUCAGCGCUGGUCUGCCUCAGUGAUCCGCAUCCGUCGCUCCGUUCCGUGGUCCCGCAAAAAAGUAUGAGUCCUGUCCUAUUCUUGUCCAUUUUGCGGACAAGAAUAGGCAUUUCUAUAAUGGGCCUCCUGUUCCGUUCCGCAAAUUGCGGA